AUGGCUGACCAAACAGAUGUAGCUAUUAAAGUGGAAAAAAAAGGAGAAACGGAGGACAGGAGGACUCCAAGCUUAGACGAUUGGACAAAUUUAAGAAAAGUAUCGGAUAAAUUACCUGUUGGUGCUUGGUUUGUUAUAUUGUGUGAAUUUUGUGAAAGAUUUACUUAUUAUGGAAUUUCCGGUCCAUUUCAAAACUACAUUCAAUUUCCACCACCACCACCAUCAUCUUCCCCAAGUGAUCGACAACCAGGCGCGAUUGGAGCCGGUCAACAAACUGCAACCUCUUUGACAUUAUUUUUUCAAUUCUUUUGUUACAUAACACCUUUAUUGGGCUCUGUAAUUGCUGACAAUUAUCUUGGAAGGUUUAAAACAAUAAUAGUUUUUAGCAUUGUUUACACGAUCGGAUUAACAGUUUUAGUGUUAACAUCAAUUCCACAAGCUAUCGCGUCAAGUGGUGUUUCUUUUAUCGGCCUUAUCAUCUCAAUGUUAAUCAUAGGUUUUGGUACUGGUGGUAUCAAAAGUAAUGUUGGUCCUUUGACUGCUGAUCAAUAUACAAAUACAAGACCAUUUGUUAAAAAAAUUAAACGAAAAAAAAAUGAAACUCUUCAUCAGGGAGAGAAACGAGAAGAUGUCGUCGAUGAUGACGAAGAAGAGGUUAUAGUUGAUCCGAAAUUAACCAUCCAAUCGAUAUUUCAUUGGUUUUAUUUGUCAAUAAAUAUUGGUGCCCUAAUAACAGGAUUGGUUAUUACAUUUAGAAGCACUAAUCUGGAUAAUUUUAAACCAUCAAAUUUUAAAACAUUGUUCACUGGUAGUGAUGAUGAAAAAGAAGCAAAAGCUAAAAAGUAUAAUGUAGAUUGGUCGGAUAAAUUUGUUGACGAGUUUAAACAAGUUUUAAAAGUUUGCAAGGUUUUUUUGUUCUACCCUUUUUAUUGGAUUUGCUACUUGCAAAUGGUUAAUAAUUUAAUAUCACAAGCUGCUACAAUGCAAGUUGGCAAAGUACCAAAUGAUGUAAUGAAUAAUUUAAAUCCAAUUGCUUUAAUGAUUUCUAUACCUUUUGCUAACUAUGUAUUAUAUCCAACUUUACAAAGAUUUAACAUAAUUAUACGUCCAAUCACUCGUAUCUUUAUUGGAUUCAUGUUGAUCAGUUUGGCUAUGGCUUACUCGGCAAUAAUUCAACAUUUUAUCUAUACCACUGGUCCAUGUUAUAUCAAUACCAGAUGUGAAAUAGAUGGUGUACCUGUUCCAAAUGAUAUAAAAUCAUUCCGUUCAACAGUUACUGCUUUAUUUUUAACAACAAGUGGAAUAAGUUCAGCAAUAGGAUUGCUGAUUGUACCAUUGUCAAAAGAUCCUUAUUUAGUUUAUAUGUAUUCAUCAUUAGCCGUAUGUGCUUUUAUUUCUGGAUGA